CAUAUUAUUAUUAUUAUUCAUUCCACACUCUCUUUCACCACUUGAAGAUUCUCCUUUUCAAAUUUCAACCUUUUUCCCCCAAAACUAACAAACCCCUCUUCUUCUCAAUCAUUGCAUGGCUCUUCACUGAUUCUAUAAUAAUAAUUUCAGAUUCGUUUUUCGUUUUUUGUUACCAUGGAGUUGAUUUCAGGUCUACCAGAGGACGUAGCCCGAGACUGUUUGAUUAGGGUUCCCUAUGAUCAAUUCCCGGCGGUUGCUUCAGUCUGCAAAGGCUGGAGCGCGGAGAUUCACUCGCCGGACUUUCACCGUCGGAGGAGAACCACCAAACAAGCCCAGAAAAUCCUCGUCACGGUUCAGUCCAAGAUAGACUCCGAUAAAACCCGAACCGGUUUGCUCGCGAAGUCCACCACCAACCCGGUUUACCGGCUCAGCGUAUUCGAACCGAAGACGGGUUCAUGGUGCGAGUUACCCCUGGGACCCGAACUCGCUUUCGGGCUCCCCAUGUUCUGUCAGAUAGCGGGUGUCGGGUUCGACCUUGUCGUAAUGGGCGGGUGGGACCCAGAUUCGUGGAAAGCGUCGAAUUCGGUUUUUAUAUACAACUUCCUGUCGGCCAAAUGGCGCCGUGGGGCCGACAUGCCGGGUAGGCCCCGCACGUUUUUCGCGUGCGCGUCGGAUCAGAAUCGCACGGUUUACGUCGCGGGCGGACACGACGAGGAGAAGAACGCGCUGAGGUCAGCGCUUGCGUAUGACGUGGCCAUGGACGUGUGGGUCCCGCUCCCCGACAUGUCGCGUGAGCGAGACGAGUGCAAGGCCGUGUUCCGACGCGGCGGCGCGCUCUGCGUCGUCGGAGGGUACUGCACGGAGAUGCAGGGGCGCUUCGAGCGGAGCGCGGAGGUUUUCGACGUUGCCAAGUGGAAGUGGGGCCCAGUGGAGGAGGAGUUCUUAGAUGCCGCCGCGUGUCCGCGCACGUGCGUCGACGGCGCGGAUGGUGCGGAGGGGAGAAUGUUCAUGUGCCGGGGUGGUGACGUGGUGGCGCUGCACGGGGACACGUGGCGGAAUGUGGCGAAGGUGCCGGGUGAGAUACGGAACGUUGCGUGCGUGGGAGUGUGGGAAGGGUUGAUGCUGGUAAUUGGAUCGAGUGGGUUUGGGGAACCACAUAUGGGCUUUGUGUUGGAUCUGAAAAAUCGGGCUUGGACUAAACUUGCCAGCCCAGAGGACUACACUGGUCACGUGCAAUCUGGUUGCCUUCUCCAAAUUUAGUACUACUUGACUUGUUUUUUUUUAUCAAGUUAAAAUGCUGAAUAUUAUUGGUGCAUAGUACUUCAGUUUUGUUUCGGGGAGUUUGUGUAAAUAUGGUUAUAUGAAGCAACAUUUUUGUUUUCUUUGGUUGCUUUAUUCACUUACUACUCAAAAGCUUUAUCAUUUUAGUUUAUACUUUACUAGCUUUUAAGGAGUUGUAGUACAAUUGCGAUACAGAGGUUCGGUGCCCCUACACCGAUGUGCAGUACAACAAGGAAAAAUGUAA